UUGUCGCUUGCCUACACUUAGCUCAAGCAUGCGGUAGUGAAGUGAAUUAAUUACACACUUUUCGGGUUGUCCAAACAAAAUUCGAGGUAGUGCAGUGUGCUUUAUGUAAUUUGAUGCAAUUAGUUUUUGCAACACGACACACACUUCUACACACCUAUAAUGACUAACAGCCUAGAAAUUGAGUGCUCUGCGCUGAAAGUAACGCGUCAUAAAAUCGAACGCGUUGGUUGCGCAUAUUUUAACGCACGCCGCCAAAUUGGCGAUGCGAACGGCGUCGAGCGCAGCGACUCUGAUGAGAAAUUGGCGGGCGCUGGCGAAGAUGUCGACAUAAGCUACCUCAAGUCCCUUGAUCCCAAAGAAUGGAAGGAUCAGGAUCAUUACAGCGUUCUUGGCCUUGGAAAAUUAAGAUACGAAGCAAGCGAUGAUGACAUUCGGAAGGCCUACAGACGAAUGGUGCUGCUGCAUCAUCCGGACAAGCGGAAAGCCAAAGGAGAGGAGGUGAUUACGGAUGACGACUACUUCACAUGCAUAACAAAGGCCUACGAAAUACUUGGCACUCCAAAAACACGCCGUAGCUACGACUCAGUGGAUCCCGAAUUUGACGACGGUUUUCCCUCACAAUCGGAUAUCGAUAACAACUACUUUGAAUCGUUUAAUAAGUAUUUUAAUUUGAAUGCGCGUUGGAGCGAAAAGCCGAAUGUGCCUCCAUUUGGCGACGUGGAUGCCAAGCGAGAGGAUGUCGAACGGUUUUACAAUUUCUGGUACGACUUCAAGUCAUGGCGCGAGUUCAGCUACCUGGACGAGGAGGACAAGGAGAAGGGUCAGGAUCGGGACGAGCGUCGCUGGAUCGAGAAGGAGAACAAGACGGCGCGCAUCAAGCGCAAAAAAGAAGAGAUGACUCGUAUUCGCGCCUUGGUCGACUUGGCUUACAACAACGACAAGCGAAUCCAGAGAUUGAAGCAAGAGGAAAAGGAUCGCAAGGCGGCAGCCAAGCGAGCCAAAAUGGAUGCUGCGCAGGCCCAAAAGGCCGAGCAGGAGCGGGCGAUACGUGAAGCGGCGCUCGCCAAAGAGAAGGCGGAGAAGGCCGAGCAGAAGCGUAUCGAACAGAUUCGUAUUGAGCGUGAACAGCAGAAGAAGGUGCUCAAAAAGGAGCGCAAGACUCUGCGCGACAAGGUCAAGGAUUGUAAGUACUAUGCCAAAAAUGACAAGGAUCAGCUGAAGCACAUGGAGGGCACAGAGAAGAUAUGCGAAACCUUCAACUUGGCGGAGCUACAGGCGUUGAACAAGGCCAUGGAGACCAAGGGUAGGGAGUCGUUCAUUGCGGCGCUGCACACCGCCGAGCAGAAGAUCGCCGCCGAACUGGAGGAGCUCAACAUAGCGCAUCAGAAGAAGCAAGUGAACAAUACGCCUAAGACGGGCGUUAAGGAGGUGAAAAAGAGCGAACUCUGGAGCAAUGAGAACGUGCAGCUGUUGAUCAAAGCGGUUAAUCUGUUUCCCGCUGGCACUGCCCAGCGCUGGGAUGUGAUUGCCACGUUCAUCAAUCAGCACUGCAGCGGAGGCUCCAGCCCGGUAACUGCGCGCGAUGUGCUCAACAAGGCGAAGGCGCUGCAGAACAGCGAUCACUCCAAAAGCUCUCUCAAGACCCAGGCCAAUGAAGGGGCUUUCCAGAGCUUUGAGAAAUCCAAGAAGGAGGUCCAGACAACGAACGAUAUUACGCUAGGUGAGUCGCCGGCAGAGAGUAAAGAGAACCACAAACAGAAUGGAGGCGUCAGUCAGAACAAUCAGAAACAGCAGCAGCAGCGGCAGCAGCAACAGCAACAACAGGUACAGCAGCAGUCGGAGUCGAAGCAGAAUGGAAGCGCUGUAGGGGCUCCAGCCAGCACGCCGGCAACCACUCCGACUACGAAUGGCAUCGCAUCGAAGACAUGGACAAAGGAAGAGCAGGCUUUGCUGGAGCAGGCCAUCAAAACGUAUCCGACAACAACACCGGAUCGCUGGGAUUGCAUUGCGGCCUGCAUACCCAAUCGCAGUAAAAAGGAUUGCUUGCGCCGUGUCAAGGAGCUUGUCGAACUCGUCAACUCGAAGAAGGAGGCUCAGGCGGCUGUCAAAUGAGUUGAGCCACGUGCGUUGCCUUACGCGUUCUCCUCUGCCCUAGCUGCUGUGUCCAAUAUACAUAUUAUUUAAAUAAAUAAACUUAAAACAGUUUUGAACGUUUAGCGAAAAGUUACAUU